CGACCUUCUCUUUUACCCAGCAAACAAACAAGCCCCAAAUCCCCCACCAAAACAAUCACCACACCACUUGCGCAUGCUAGCUGCUCCUCCACACCACACCGCAUCGUCAUCGCACGAACCAGACGUAGUGCUCCUUAGACUAUUAAUUCAUAUAAAAAAAUCAAUAAAAGCAGACUGAAUUUGGAUCGAUCGGAGGUGCACCGCCCCAUGCAUUUAUGCGCGCUUUAAAGCUGUCGCUGUUUGUUGUUUAAGCUCUAACCUACUCUGCUGCCCUCCUACUACUACUGCUCUCUGCAUCACUGACCACUGCCGUAAAUGGAUCUAAGCGCUUCUUUAUGUGAUCCUAUUUGAGCUCCGAUCGGGUCGUGCAUUUAGAUUCCGAGCCGGAUCUAACCGAAUCGGGGAGCUCAUUGUGUGUUAACAGGCUUCAUAGUGCGUGCAUUUUCGUUCAUCGAUGCUGUAUGAGUGAUUGAUAUGAAUGAUGAAUCCUCUCUGCUGCAUUGCUCCGGUUUCGAUUGAUCGCGACCGGGCGAAUCCAGGGGUGGUGAAAUCGUCCAGUCAGUGUCAGUUAGGGCUUGAGAGUUCGAUCAGGACAGUGAAUCGCACUCCGAAACCUAGCUUCUCGGCUCAGGUGUCCUCCGUUGGCACUGAUUAUGACAGAUUUUCGUUUGAUGCGAUUCGAGAUGGAGAAGAUGCGGUCGUUGAAGCGAGAGAUUCGAAGACUUACUGCGGGAAUGGCGGAGUUAGUGGAAGCGUGGCGGGGAUUAUGUAUAAGUGGGUGAACUACGGCAAAGGAUGGCGGCCGCGGUGGUUUGUACUCGAAGAUGGCGUACUCUCGUAUUAUAAGAUUCAUGGACCUGACAAGAUUCUCGUAAGUCCUACCAGAGACAAAGGAGUUAGGCGGUUGAUCGGAGAGGAUUCCGUAAGGUACAUGAGAAAGGCGAGUUGGAAUAGUAAUCGACUCAGUAAUGGUGCAUCCGCAUCCGCGAGGCGAUGCAAGCCAUUCGGUGAGAUACAUUUGAAGGUUUCCUCCAUCCGUGAGAGCAAGUCAGAUGAUAAAAGGCUUACCGUAUUCACAGGAACAAAAACUCUUCAUUUGCGUUGUGUAUCAAGAGAGGACAGAGCUUCAUGGAUUGAGGCACUGAGGGCUGCCAAAGAUCUUUUUCCUCGAGGGUUGUCUAGCAGUGAUUUUUUACCUGCUGAAGAUGUUUUCAUUACAACUGAGAAGCUACGACUACGGUUAUUGCAGGAAGGCAUUGGUGAAGGAGUCAUCAAAGACUGUGAGAAUAUUAUGCUCUCAGAAGUGUCUGAGUUGCAAAACAAGUUAAAGGAUCUUCAUUGUAAACAUAUCAUGUUGUUUGAGAAAUUGAGGCAAUUGGAGACAGAGAAAGUAGAGCUAGAGACUACUGUAGUGGAUGAAACAAAGGAACACGAGUCAUGUUGUGGACAAGGAAAUAGAAGAUUCAGUGACUUCUAUUCCGUCAUGUCAGAAGGUAGUGCAAGUGACUCUUAUGGGGAUAAUGAAAGCCAAGAUGGAGCUGAUGUUGAAACAGAUGAAGAAGAUGGAACAUUUUUUGAUACAAAUGAUUUUUUGUCUUCAGAUGCUCUGAGAAGUGCUUCCUAUCGGAGUAGGGAAACCUUACAAAAUGCAUGCCUAAAUGAGCGAGAUUCAUUCUUUUCUGAUCAUUUGCAUGGGGUUGAGAAGGAGAUCAGGGCAAUUCAAUACCCGUAUGUUAAAAGAAGAGACAAUUUGCCUGAGCCAAAAGAGAGAGAGAAGCCUGUUGGCCUAUGGUCAAUUAUCAAAGACAAUAUUGGAAAAGACUUGUCUGGAGUUUGUCUUCCUGUUUAUUUUAAUGAACCGCUUUCUUCACUGCAAAAGUGCUUUGAGGAUUUGGAAUAUUCAUACUUGGUGGAUGUGGCAUUGGAAUGGGGAAAGGAGGGGAAUCACUUGAUGAGAAUUCUGAACAUUGCAGCCUUUGCUGUAUCUGGCUAUGCAUCCACAGAAGGCAGGCAGUGUAAACCAUUCAACCCUCUUCUGGGGGAAACCUAUGAAGCUGAUUAUCCAGACAAAGGACUUCGUUUCUUCUCUGAAAAGGUGAGCCACCAUCCGAUGAUUGUUGCUUGUCACUGUGAAGGCAGAGGCUGGAAGUUCUGGGCAGACUCGAAUCUCAAGGGUAAGUUUUGGGGUCGGUCUAUUCAGCUUGAUCCUGUUGGACUGCUUACGUUGCAGUUUGAGGAUGGUGAAACCUACCAAUGGAGCAAGGUCACCACUUCUAUAUACAAUAUUAUAAUUGGAAAAAUAUACUGUGACCACUAUGGUACCAUGCGUAUCAAUGGCAGUGGCAACUACUCCUGCAAGCUCAAAUUCAAGGAGCAGUCCAUCAUAGACCGAAAUCCUCAUCAGGUCCAUGGAUUUGUCCAAGAUAACAGAACUGGUGAGAAGGUAGCAAUGUUGUUGGGGAAGUGGGAUGAAGCAAUGUACUAUGUGCUGGGAGAUCCAACUACAAAACCAAAGGGCUAUGAUCCGAUGACGGAAGCUGUAUUGCUAUGGGAACGAGACAAAUCUGCUACUAAAACAAGAUACAAUCUCACCCCUUUUGCAAUAUCGCUAAAUGAAACCACUCCUGGCUUACUGGAGAAAUUGCCCCCAACUGACUCACGACUGAGGCCGGAUCAGAGACAUCUAGAGAAUGGAGAAUAUGAAUUGGCAAACGCGGAGAAGCUGCGUCUUGAAUAUUUACAGAGACAGGCAGGGAAGCUCCAAGAGAGGGGAUGGCAGCCAAGAUGGUUUCGGAAGGACGAAGAUGGAUGUUAUCGUUAUACAAAUGGAUACUGGGAAGCAAGAGAAAGGGGGAAUUGGGAUGAAAUUCAUGACAUAUUUGGUCAAAGUAGUGAUACUCUAUACCUAGUAGAAGAGCAAGCAUCCAAUAUGGUUUCAGAAGCACAAGAAUGAUGAUAUAUUCUCACAUUCGUGGAUACGGGUAGGCAUGGGAGAAAGAUGGAACUGUGAUGGAAAUCGUGGCAAAAUUGGCAAAUGUAGCGGUCCUCCAUGUGUAGUAGAAGAGUAAGUUGUGUUCUUGUUUUACUUGCUCUGACAUAUUUCUGUUCCCUUUACCUUUCAAUUUCAUAUUUCCUCUAUUUUCGUCCGCCUCAGACUAUACUUAAAUUGUGAACUCAAAUGAGAGUUUAGUGGCAGCUCUUGUUUGGUUACAUCUUCUUAAAGGUUUAAUACUGUAUUCCAACUUUGGGCACAUACAAUCUUUCCAGUUGUGUAACUUUUAGGAAGAUAAGAUGGGCUGGGGGUUUGAUCAUUUUGGCACCUGCUUUUUAGCAUGUCAAUUCUAUUUUCAUGAAAUAUUUUUUGGACAAGUUCACCAUUUGGUACGCUAAAAUAUGCUUCUCGUUAGUUUA